AUGGAAAAUUAUUCAGAAAAACACAAUGGAGAAAAAAAUCAAUUCGAAACCAUGUUAAAACUAAGCGAAAUGAACAAUCAUGCAUUUCAUAUUCCAGGACUUUUUUUGCUCGAAUCCUCAGAAAAAGACAAAAGGCAAAUCUAUGAUAAAGAAUCAGAAAAAUUACAAGAAUUGUGCCCUUCUACUUCAGUAGAACCAACAAUUUUUUCAGAAAAAAACGAAACUUCAAUAAAUGAAUCAAUAGAAAAAGAUACCGAAAAAACUUGUGAGAAAAUCAAUUAUGAUCUUAUCGACAAAGCUCUUGAAAAUAUAAACACUACUAUCGAAUACGACUCGGAAAACAUAUCAUCAGACAGUGAAGACUCAUCUUCAAGUUCAGAAGAUGAAGAAAAAAGUAAAAAUACCUAUUAUCUAGUAUCGUCUCUUAUUGAUCCAGCUAACAAUGUCUCUAAGGAGGACAGUUGCGAGAGUUCAUCUAGUACAAAAAAUAUCAAAAACAAAAGAAAUCAACACAACAAUCAUUUGGAUGAAGAUAGAGUGCUCUCGGAUGACGAAAAAAGUCACAAUGAACAUCGGUUUCCAAAAACCAAAAACGAGAUUCUUUAUGAAGAUAUAAAAAUCAAAAAACCAGAUGUCAUAAUAACCAAUGACAUGUCCAUUGAAUACCUUGGAGAAAUAUCCCAGAUCGUCAACGAUACCAUCGUUAUUAAGGCAUCUGUUUUCGAUGACUAUAAAGUCUUGGACGAAGAGACUUUACUAGUCCUGGAAGACCGUUCCAUUCUAGGACUCGUAGACGAUCCCUGGUCCCUUUUACAUUACCUAAUCAAUACAGAUCUUUGA